AUGACCUCCGACAAGAUGGAAAUAGACAGUGUGCCAGCGGCUGUCCAAAAAGAUGAAGGCCAAACGGUCGUGAGUCGGAUAUUUGAUCUACUAAAAGAUGUUUCCAAGACUACAACGACAUUAGACACUCGUUUUGUGUGGAAGGCCACAAGAAAGCUAAGUGUUCUGAGACCUAGUUUAGACAAGGAGUCUUUGUCGAUAGUGGUUAAUCUGUUGUAUCCUGAUGCGUCCAGCUUUAAAGUACCACUACUGAAAUAUAUCAACCAAAACCAGAAGAGUAAGGUAGAAAAUGCCGAGGAAGAGCGCCAGAAAUACCCAGCAGCAUUUUACCAGCUUGUUGAUGGGAACAAGAGUGUGGACGUAUCAGCAGAAUUGAACAGUUUUGUACACCUGUUGGUGCAAUUGUACCUACUUGACUCACAACAGCUGGAAGCUCUCGACUCAUUCAAUGGAAAGAUUGUUUAUCCUAAGAUUUUGCAAUUCUACGAUGAAAGAACGCUGGAUCUCAUAAACUCGAAACUCUGGUUCUACAUUUGCAGGGGAAGAGAACUGGUUGGCAACAGCUUCGACACUUCUGUUAGAGCAGAGAUGGUCAAAUUUCUCAAAACGGCUGCUCUCAAGCAUGACAACGAAACCCGUGCUACACUCAUUACUUUUAUUCUCAGAAGCUUUUUGCAAACUGGUGAAGUGGACACAGCUGCGGACUUCAUUGGUAAAGUUGAAUUUCCUGGAUCCAACGAUGUGUCCAGUCCUCUUGAGGCCCGCUACUAUUACUACCUGUCUAAGUUGAACGCCAUUCAAUUAGACUACUCGACGGCGAAUGACUACGUGAUCGCUGCCAUUAGAAAGGCCCCAAGCACAAAGAACAGUCUCGGGUUUUUACAACAGGCCAAUAAGCUACAUUGCGUUAUCGAACUACUGAUGGGCGACAUCCCUGAGUUGUCUUUUUUCAAACAGAAGAACAUGGAGAGAUCCUUGCUUCCUUACUAUCAUUUAUCCAAGGCCGUCAAAUUAGGUGACCUUAACAAGUUCACGUCUGCCAUAUCCACCUACAAGAAGGAGCUUCUCAACGAUGGGAACUACCAGCUUUGUGUGCGUUUGAGAUCGAGUGUCAUCAAAACCGGUAUAAGGAUAAUAUCUCUCACUUACAAGAAGAUCUCGCUCAAGGAUAUAUGCAUGAAGCUGCGCCUGGAUUCAGAGCAGACUGUAGAAUACAUGGUGUCGAGAGCCAUCAGAGAUGGUGUUAUAGAGGCCAAAAUAAAUCAUGAAAAUGGCUACAUUGAGAGUAGUGAGCUGCUGAAUGUGUAUGCUACUGGGCAACCACAACACCUAUUUGAUGAAAGGAUAAAAUUUGUCAAUGAAUUACACGAUGAAUGCGUCAAGGCCAUGAGAUAUCCAGAUAAUGGUAAUAGCGAAAACAAGCACAAGUCCGCUGCGGGCUACGAUCAGGCAGAAGAGUUAAUUGAUCUCGCUGAUUUGGAUGAGGAUGAUUUGGGUGACCUGGGUGACUUUUACUAG